AGCUCUUUUAGAAUUUGUCUAGCAGGCUUUCUGGUCUCCACCGGAAAGCCCCCCACCUACCACUUACCGUCCUUAACAAUAGAGUUGCGCACCCUGCUCGCGGAUGCUGUGCAGGGGCCCGUUCCCCGCGCGCCCCGAGCCCGCCGCCUGCUCUACACGGUUAAUACGCCGGGGAGCUGGGGUUACGGCGAGGCGCUUCCGGCCGGGGCUGAUGCAGCUUCCCUUCCGCCCCCGCCGCGCCGGCUGAUCCUUUCUUCCUGCGCCUUGCUCGGGAGCCCCCGCACGUGCCGGGCAGCCCUGGUCGCCCCAUGGCGUCCGCCGCGGCCCCUCCUGCGGCCCUGAGCGCCGAGCAGGCCAAGGUGGUCCUGGCCGAGGUGAUCCAGGCGUUCUCCGCGCCGGAAAACGCCGUGCGCAUGGACGAGGCCCGAGACAACGCUUGCAACGACAUGGGCAAGAUGCUGCAGUUCGUGCUGCCGGUGGCCACGCAGAUCCAGCAGGAGGUCAUCAAGGCGUAUGGCUUCAGCUGCGACGGGGAAGGUGUCCUGAAGUUUGCCCGCCUGGUCAAGUCCUACGAAGCCCAGGACCCCGAGAUCGCCAGCCUGUCGGGCAAGCUCAAGGCCCUGUUCCUGCCGCCCAUGACGCUGCCGCCGCACGGGCCCGCGUCGGGGGGCAGCGUGGCCGCCUCCUGAAGCCGCGGGCGCCGCCCCACCCCCGCCCCGGGAGAGGCGCCGCCCGCGGGCCCCGGGAUAAUAAACGUGCCUGUGACUUA